AAUGUUCAUUCAUCAUUGGUGUAUCACACUAUCAUUUUACUCAGUGACCUGUAGAGUGAUGAUAAUACUGUGUAACUAAGGAAACAAAAUUUCAGCAAGCUCCAUGCAUUUUAUAACGUUUUACUGUGGAAACUGAUUGAUCGAUGGACGAUGACCAUCAUUCAGUAUUUAUUGAUCAAACACUAUAGCGGGCACUGAACAGUGUGCAAUUUGAGUAAUAAUUAUUAAUCAAUAUUAAUAUUUUCAAAUUGUUUUAAGUAGAAUUUCAAUACCUACAUUACCUACUGUAUAAAAAUGGGUCGCUUAGCUACUUUAGCUGUAAGCUGCUUGAAUCAGUGGUCAUUAGAUUUUGAUGGUAAUAAACGUCGUAUAUUGGAAAGCAUUGAAAUUGCUAAACAACUCAAUGCAACAUAUCGCAGUGGGCCUGAACUUGAAAUAUGUGGCUAUAGUUGUGAAGAUCACUUUCUCGAAAGUGAUACACUUUUACACUCAUGGCAAGUUCUGAUUGAAAUAAUGGUUCAUCAAUCUUCAUCAGAUAUUUUGAUUGAUGUUGGCAUGCCCGUGAUGCAUAAAAACUCCACCUACAAUUGCCGAGUUGUAUUUCUUAACAAGCGUAUCUUAUUGAUUAGACCUAAAUUACAGAUGUGUGAUUCUGGUAAUUAUAGAGAAUCUCGAUGGUUUGCUCCUUGGAGGAAAUUACGCACAGUUGAAGAUUUUUAUCUACCAGGAAUUGUGCAAAAACAUACAGGCCAAACUAUUGUACCUUUUGGAGAUGCUGUUAUUGCCACCUCUGAUACAUGCAUUGGAUAUGAAAUAUGUGAAGAACUGUGGACCCCAAACAGUACACAUAUCCCAUUGUGUAUGGACGGUGCUGAAAUAAUUGUUAAUAGUUCUGGCUCGUAUAUGGAAUUGCGUAAAUCUUUACUUGUUUUAGAUCUGAUUAAAUCUGCUACUUUUAAAAAUGGUGGAUGUUAUUUGUAUAGUAAUCUCAGAGGAUGUGAUGGACAACGUGUUUACUUCAAUGGUUGUUCAAGUAUUGCGAUGAAUGGUUCUUUAAUUAAAGUUGGUACUCAAUUUAAUCUAAAAGAAGUAGAAGUCACAUGUGCUACUAUUGAUUUAGAAGAUAUUCGUAGUUACAGAAAUGCUAUAAGGUCUAGAUCUAACUAUAGUUCAGAGUCAUACCAUAGGAUUUAUAUACAAGACUUUAGUUUAUCAAGACAAACACGUAAGAUACCAGAUCCUAUUUUGAUAGACUUUAAAUGUUUAUCUCCUGAAGAAGAGAUUGCCUUAGGACCAGCAUGUUGGCUUUGGGAUUAUUUGAGACGUUCUAAGCAAGGUGGAUACUUUUUGCCAUUGAGUGGUGGUAUUGAUUCAUCAAGUACAGCAUGCAUAGUAUUUUCUAUGUGUAACUUAAUAUAUCAGGCAUGUAAAGAUGGUGACACACAAGUUUUGAACGAAGUACGUACAAUAGUUGGACAACAAAAUUAUUUCCCUUCAAAUGCUAAUGAAUUAUGCAAUCAAUUGUUUACAACUUGUUAUAUGGCCACCGAAAAUUCGUCUUCUCAAACAAGAAAACGAGCAGAAGAAUUAUCUUCUCAGAUAUCUAGUUAUCAUUUGAGUGUUGUGAUUGAUAAAGUUGUGUCAUCUGUGAUUUCUGUUUUUGUUAGUCUAACUGGUAAAACACCACAGUUUGCUGUAUAUGGUGGAUCUCCACGUGAAUCUCUUGCUCUACAAAAUGUUCAGGCUCGGUUAAGAAUGGUUCUGACAUAUUUAUUUGCUCAAUUAAUGCUUUGGGUCCGUGGUAGACAAGGAGGAUUAUUGGUCUUAGGUUCAGGCAAUGUUGAUGAAGCUCUAAGAGGAUAUAUGACAAAAUAUGACUGUUCAAGUGCUGAUAUCAAUCCAAUUGGUGGCAUUUCAAAAUGUGAUCUCAGAUUGUUUCUUAAAUAUUUUAGAUCUAAGUAUUCAUUAUCAUCACUUGAUGAUAUAAUGAAUGCCACUCCUACAGCAGAACUAGAGCCUUUAAUAGCUGGACGCAUUUGUCAGUCAGAUGAAGUGGAUAUGGGCAUGACUUAUGAUGAGCUAUGUGUUUAUGGAAAUUUGAGAAAGCAAAAUUAUUGUGGGCCAUACAGUAUGUUUUGUAAGUUGUUGUUAUUGUGGGGCGAUAAGUAUACUGCUGAACAAAUUGCAGAAAAAGUUAAGCAUUUUUUUAGAUGUUAUGCUAUAAAUAGACACAAAAUGACAGUCUUAACUCCUAGUUAUCAUGCUGAAGCAUAUAGUCCAGAUGACAAUCGCUUUGACCAUCGUCCAUUUCUAUACAAUGUCAUGUGGCCAUGGCAGUUUCGGUGCAUUGAUCAAAGAGUUGAAGAAUUUAAUGACAAAAAAAAUGAAAUUCCUAGGUACCAUUUAUCCUUAGAAUCAAACAGAAGUGAAAAAUAUGCAGUAAAUGUUUAAUAAAAUUAUUGUUUGGUUAUUAUUUUUCUAGUUUUAUUUUAAACAAUAUCAGAAGACUAAUUAUUAUAUUAUAUACUAUUUUUUUAGAUAAAUCAAAAGUAGUUUAUAUUCAUGUUAUUUUAAUCACUUGCUAAUUAUUGUUAAAUUACUGUAAAACUCAUAAUUAAUUAAUAACAUUCAUUUUAUUACUUUA